UUACAACGAGGCUGACUUAGUUUAGAACAAUAUUUCAUGUAGUUAAUGAGUGUCCCUAUCGUGAGCCAGCCGUGUUCAGCUUUUUGCUUAGCGUUUUGGGAGCUGCUUAGUUGAGUUAAUCUAAGCCCCCGCCCUAACGGAUCUCUCUAAACCCCCUAAUCCUAACGGAUUAGUGCGCACAUAUUGAAAUUAAGUAUUGACACUCGUGGAUGUCCUAGUCAAGAGUUUUGAGAAGGAAGAUUGAACCUACAGUGCGCAAAUUAACGUCAGCAGCAAGAUAUCAACUUCCAUGAUUGAAUUUGCACAGCACUGGAAAGCAGAUCUGAUAUGCCACUUGAAUUAAUAAAAGAAGUCAAUGGGGUGCCUGAAAUUGAGCCUCUAAAAAAACUGCACAAAGUAGACUUCAGAUCUCUUCAGCUUGGUUGUGAUUAUAGCAAGAAAUAUAUUCAGGGAAAACUUUCACAUGUCUCUUCUUUAACUUAUGGUGGAAACAGAACACCUAUUUUGAAGAUUGGACUACAAGAACAAGAAAAUUCAGAUUCGGAAAGUAACACCGUCAGUGUAUUAUUUUUUGGAAAAUUAGCAAAGGACUGUGCAAAAGUUUUCUCUGAAGGGGACACCGUUGCAGUGGCUGGAUUUAUUGUUUUGUCUUCGUCUACAAGCAGAGAUGGUGAACAUUGCUUAGUUUUGAAAGCAUUUGAGGACUGCGGCUCAACCGUUUAUGUCUAUAUUAAAUCUGUAAUGUAUUUUUCAACAGAGUCAAUGUCUUUGGUUCCAUCAGCCCGUUACGUGUAUACUCCCCUGAGUGAACUCAAGGCCGGCAUGGUUGUCAAUGUCUACGGUGUCGUGAAGUUCUUUAAGCCUCCAUAUUUAAGCAAAGGGACUGAUUAUUGUUCGGUUGUUACAAUUGUGGACCAGACUAAUGUAAAGUUGACCUGCCUGCUCUUUAGUGGAAAUUAUGAAAGCCUUCCAAUAAUUUAUAAAAAUGGAGAUAUUGUUCGCUUUCACAGGCUGAAGAUCCAAGUAUAUAAAAAUGAGACUCAAGGUAUCACCAGUUCUGGCUUUGCAUCUUUGACAUUUGAGGGGACUUUGGGAGCUCCUGUCAUACCUCGUACUUCAAACAAGAAUUUUAACUUCACAACUGAGGAUCACAAAAUGGUAGAAACCUUACGUGCUUGGGCAUCUACUCAUAUUUCACCUUCUUCUACAUCAGUAAAAUUGAGUGAUGUUCAGCCAAUGCAGUACUUUGACCUGACGUGCCAACUCUUGGGCAAAGCAGAAGUGGAUGGAGCAUCAUUUCUUCUAAAGGUGUGGGAUGGCACCCGGCCACCGUACCCGUCCUGGAGAGUCUUAAUACAAGACCUUGUUUUUCAUGGGGAUUUGAGUCACAUCCACCGGCUGCAGCAUCUGACAGUAGACAUUUUAGUCUAUGAUAACCAUGUUCAAGUGGCAAAAUCUCUGAAGGUUGGAAGCUUCCUUAGAAUUUAUAGCCUCCAUACGAAACUCCAGUCGGUGAAUUCAGCAAACCAGUCAACAUCGUUAGCUCUGGAGUUUCAUCUCCACGGAGGCACCAGUUACGGUCGGGGGAUCAGAGUCUUGCUGGAAAGCAACUCUGAUGUGGACCAACUGAAAAAGGUUUUAGAAUGUGCAGGUUUGACAGCCAAUCAGUGUUCAGAUGGUAUAUGUCAAUCAGAAUGUGAGGACAGCGUUCCAACAAGCUCCGGAUCAGUGUCGUUGUAUGAGAUAGAACGAUGUCAACAGCUGUCGGCCACAAUACUUACAGACCAUCAGUAUUUGGAGAACACCCCAAUAUGUGCUAUAUUGAAGCAAAACGCUCCUCAUCAGUAUCGCAUCCGAGCAAAACUAAGGUCAUAUAAGCCCAGAAGACUCUUCCAGUCUGUUAAACUUCAUUGUCCUAAAUGUCAUUCACUGCAGGAAGUUCCACGUGAAGGUGAUUUGGAUCGAAUUUUUCAAGAGAGUGCAACUAAAACUCCAGAUACGAAACUACAAAAUACAUCAUUAUAUGAUUCAAAAGUGUGGACAACUAAAGAUCAGGGAGAACGAAAAGUAGCUAUUCAUUUUGUGAAAAACAAUGGUAUUCUCCCACUUUCAAACGACUGUCUAAUUUUGAUAGAAGGAGGCACACUCGGUGAGAUCCACAAGCUCGCCAGCAAGUUCCACAGUGUGAUUCCCGUGCGGUCGGGCCAGGAAGACCUGGAGCUCUGCGGCCUGUCAGCACCGUUCCUCAUACAAGACACAGUGCAUCACUACGGAUGUAGAAAGUGUUCUACCUUGAGACCAAUACAAAAUCUAAAUAACCUGGUGGAUAAAACGUCAUGGAUUCCUUCUUCUGUGGCAGAAGUGUUGGGUGUUGCACCCCUCCAACAUGUGUUCGUGAUGACAUUUACUCUUGAUGAUGGGACAGGAGUGCUGGAAGCUUAUCUCAUGGAUUCUGACAAAUUCUUCCAUAUUCCAGCAUCAGAAAUCCUGACUAAUGAUUACCUUCAGGAAAGUAUGGAUGUGAUCAUGAAUAUGUUUUGCCCUCCAGGAGUAAAAAUCGAUACAUAUCCAUGGUUGGAAUGCUUCAUCAAGUCCUAUAAUGUCACAAGUGGGACGGAGCGGCAAAUUUGCUACCAGAUUUUUGACACCACAGUUGCAGAUGAUGUUAUCUAAUGUUGACAUGCAACUCAGCAUAUGUAAAUAUGUAAUCUUCGAAAUCAGUACUGUUUUCUAUGAGAUUGCCAUAAAAAGUAUAAAAGAUUUAGUUCAAUGGUUCACUUUCCAUUUUAACCACUAUUUAAGUUUUUUUAAUGGACAUUGUGUUACUUUAACACCUUCUUGUAAGUUAAAAAUGUUCCUGUUGCUCAGAAGUAUCCAGUGUGAUAGCUGAAGGGUCUAAAAGUGAGAGAGAGACGUUGAAUGAAUAAAGACGGUUUUGUUUCCUCUUUCCAGUCCUUUCAGAGAAGCUGUUUUGCUACCAUACACUAAAGUUGCAUUCCCUGCUGGUUUUUCCACUGAUGUCUCUGCCAUCCACCUUCCCUGGUUGAGCUUCUCCUCUUGCCUAGAUUUUUAUGUCAGCAAUGUUAAUGAUUUUAGCAUGACUAUGGGUUUAGAAGAUGUCCUUGCCUUAAAUCUCUGAGCGUUGACUGAAUGCAAGGUAUGGAGUGGCUAGUGGUGUUGUUUUGUUUGGCUUUGUUUUGUUUUGUUUGUUUAACAAAGGGAUCUGCUUCAACAAAUACUCUUCAAGGAAAUGCUUGUUCCAGCCCUGACCAUUGUGGCUCAGUUGGGCAUCAUUCUGUAAAGCAAAAGUUUGCCCCUUUGAUUCCUGGUCAGGGCACAUGCCUGGAUUGUGGGUUUGGUCCUGGGUCAGGGCAUGUCUGAGAGGUAACUGUUGGUUGUUUCUUUCUCACAUCGAUGUUUCUCUCCCUCUCUUUGUCCCUCAUUUCUUCCCUUUCUAAAAAUAAAUAAAAUAUUUUAAAAAGCAGAUUACAAUUAAAACAGAAAUGCUUGUUCAAGUGAGCAACAGUGUGCUUUAAGUGGAAGUGGUAGAACUGCUUUCCUUGGCUGCUGACAUUUACCAGUUGAACCAUUUUUUUGGACCAGAAUUAUAUGCUUUGAAUGCUUAUUUAGCUAUGUGAUAUUAAAAACUAUUCCAUUCCACCUCAACUUAAUGAAGUGGUCGGAUUUACAGUGUUAGUGACUUAUAUUAUCUUUUUUUAGAUAGUCUUAUGUAAAAUACAUUUUAGGUAGAGCAUUAAAUGAGAUGCUAAUUCAGUAUAUAGUCCGUAGUCCAUUUUUUUACCUGACAGCAUGUCAGAUUUAAAAUCAUGAAUAUUCAGUUUUAUAAAAAUAUAUCUAUGUAUCUGUAUGCAUAUAUGAAGAUUUACAUAUGUUAUUUGCUAGGGACUGAGAAAAGCAGAUCUUUCUAGUUCAGUUGUGAAUAAAUGCACACAGUUCAUCUGUUUCAUUUAUUUAUUUGAGCUGAGGCAUGAUUCGAGGAAAAGAAUCAAAGCAGGUAUAUUAUGACUGCAAAUAUUUAGGACUGUCUACACACUAACCACUUAACAUGUAUUUGAGUUCCACAACAACUGAUUUUGCUGGUAAGAAAACUCCUUGAGUCUUGAUUGAUGAGCUGACUUAUCCAAGUUCAUGAGAUUAUUAAGUGCUAGUCAGUACUUUCUGUUCAGAGGUUUCACUGUUCACCACCGCAGGAUUCCGGAGCCAAAGUGAGCAUGUGGCUUUCUGCAAACGAGUCCUGCUUUAAAUAUCCGAAGUAACAUGGGAAGUAAGAGUCACUCUGUGUUUUCUUAUACUAACCAAAAGGCUUGUAACAGCUUGUUGGUAAAAAGAAUUGAAUGUCUGAUUUCCUCUGCUUGUAAUAACUCUAAGUUCUAGUUCCUAAGUAUGUUAGCACAUCUCCAGAUCGAACUACCCGCCUUCCCCAUCACCAAAUUAUCACCUUGUUUGAGAUAAUGAAAAAAGACUGAUGCUGCUGUUUGGGGGAUUUAAAGUCUUGGUUCAAAACAUUCAAGGAAGACUUUUAAAACCCUGAAGUAGAACAGAUGUGUUUCACUGUUGCUGGUAGGCUUGGAUUACCGAGGGGAGAGAGACGUUUUCUCUUCCUGCAGGAAGCGCCCACUCUGGAAGAGCGGGGGCUGCACGGGACCGCAGACUCACAGUAUCAGCCUGUGCCGAGUCCAGAGCCGUAACGCAGAGCUCUUCAUGUGAAUCUCCAUGAUACCAGGCUAUUUCUCUUGUUUCCCUUUUUCUAUAACCCCCCACAUUGUCAUCAUUUGUUUUGUUUUUUAACUUCAGUUUUGAACAAGAUGAGUUGCAUCAACCCUAGUGUUUUAUUGAUGGUGUAUGCACCUUGCCCUUAUCAGGAACCCAGAGUAAUAGAAUCCUGUUUCUGAAGUAGCAGCUCGAUGGUAGUUUGUUGUGCCCAGAUUUGAGCUGUUUCCUCCGUGGUCCAUGUGAAUACUGUAGGGUCUGUCAUGUUUCACACUACGUGAAUUUAAGACAGUAGUGUUGGUAAAGCCUCUCCCUCAGUUUCCAGACUGUGCAGCAUCCCCUGUUUUAGACACUCCUGGGUUGUUCUUUAACCGCCUGCACUGUUCUUCACGUAGAAGGCUUGUGUGUCUUUCUAGACAUGAUGAUGAAAUACGCACUGCUUGCAGGCUCUUUCUGUGGGCACCCUCAUUACACUGCUUUAUCAGGGAACUAUACAUGCCCAGAUGCAAUGUGCCAUUCCCUGUUUUUUACUUUUUACUGCUGGUCAUGGUGAAUAUUGGGGGUUGUUUCUAAGUGAACGUAGACAGACUGGUGUUGAUGGAAUUGAAGAAGUUGAAUACAUCCCUGUCCACCCGAGAAAGCCGCCUCCACACAGUAGGGCACUCACGGGCUGCCCACGUUGCGAAUGAGUGCAGCUCCUGUGUUUUAACUACAAGCAGGUCACAGGAACAGCAGAAAUCUGCCCUGCUCACUUCCCAGCUGACUGCCAUUCUGUUUCCGAAGUCAGAGCAUGAGUUUGUCACUACUUGUGACUCCAUCCAAACAGUUCUCUUCUACACUUUCUGUAAGCUUUCCUUGGUACAUGGGAGAAAAGCUAGAUUCUUCUGAUUAUUUCAGUGGCUUAAAUUUGACCAUGCAUUUCAUUAAGAUUUUCUUUUAUACAGAAUAUUUUUUCAUUUUCACCAAUAACUCUAUUGAUUUGGAAAUUUGGAGUAUGCUGGCUCUCUCCCAAGCGAUAUAACAUUGAUUGUUCUCAGUUCAUGUCUCAGUUUGAUGGAUACCAACUUCAGCCGGUCUACCCAACCAGGGAGCAUUGUCUAGGGAGACAUUUCCAGCAUGAAAAUUUGCAAAACCACUUUUGACACUUUUGAUCAGUCACAGCACCUUCUCCAUACACUGCACAGAUCUUUAAAUCUUUCCAUUUCAGUUGUGUUUUUACCUCUCUUGAAAUAAUAAAGCAUAAUAUGCCGAAAACGUUGCGUAUUUUUCUCCCAUCUCCAUUAUUAAAAUGGCUGUACAAAAAUUCA